GCAUGCGUACUGCGCGCUGUCUUCUCCCCGGCUGAGCAGCGGCGGCGGUGGCUUCAGGGACAGCGGCGGCGGCGGCGGCGGCGGCGGCGGCAGCCGCGACGGCGUUUGGAGUGGAGGAAGAUGGCGGCUCCCGGCGACCCCGGGCUCCGGCAGCGGUGAAGAUCCCCCGAGCACAGUAAGCACUGGCCUGAAGCAGAGCGGCUGUGCUCUGGCCCUGGCUCCUUCGCCACCGUCGCCGGAGACGCGAAACCGAGAUCGCGGAGCGUUCUGGACCAGAGCUUCAAGUGUGUGUCAUGGCCAGCUCCUCGGACAGUGAAGAUGACAGUUUCAUGGCUGUGGACCAAGAAGAAACUGCACUGGAAGGGACAAUGGAGCAAGAUGAGGACCCCCACCCAGUGCUGGAGGUUGAGGAGACGAGACAUAAUAGGUCCAUGUCUGAGCUGCCGGAAGAGGUUUUGGAGUAUAUUCUGUCCUUCCUUUCACCGUACCAGGAACACAAAACCGCAGCUCUGGUCUGCAAACAGUGGUAUCGGCUUAUCAAAGGUGUAGCCCACCAGUGUUACCAUGGUUUCAUGAAGGCUGUCCAGGAAGGAAACAUUCAGUGGGAGAGCCGGACUUACCCUUAUCCCGGAACUCCCAUCACUCAACGCUUCUCCCACAGUGCGUGCUAUUAUGAUGCCAAUCAGUCGAUGUAUGUCUUUGGAGGCUGCACCCAGAGCAGCUGCAAUGCCGCCUUCAAUGACCUCUGGAGGCUAGACCUAAAUAGCAAAGAGUGGAUUCGACCGUUGGCCUCAGGGUCCUACCCUUCCCCCAAGGCUGGGGCCACCCUGGUCGUGUACAAGGACUUGCUAGUGCUGUUUGGUGGCUGGACAAGGCCAAGUCCCUAUCCCUUACACCAGCCAGAGAGAUUCUUUGAUGAGAUUCACACGUACUCACCAUCUAAAAACUGGUGGAACUGCAUUGUCACCACACAUGGGCCUCCUCCCAUGGCUGGCCACUCCUCCUGUGUGAUAGGUGAUAAAAUGAUUGUCUUCGGUGGCUCCUUAGGAUCCCGGCAGAUGAGCAACGAAGUCUGGGUCCUUGACCUGGAGCAGUGGGCAUGGUCCAAGCCGAACAUCUCUGGUCCCAGUCCUCACCCUAGAGGUGGCCAGUCUCAGAUUGUUAUAGAUGAUGCAACUCUCCUGAUCCUUGGUGGGUGUGGCGGCCCCAAUGCUCUGUUCAAAGAUGCCUGGCUGUUGCACAUGCACCCAGGUCCCUGGGCCUGGCAGCCACUCAAAGUAGAAAAUGAAGACCAUGGUGCCCCGGAGCUAUGGUGUCAUCCAGCCUGCCGGGUGGGACAGUGUGUGGUGGUCUUCAGCCAGGCGCCAAGCGGGAGAGCGCCCCUCAGCCCCAGUUUGAACUCACGCCCAUCACCUAUCAGUGCCACUCCUCCAGCCCUGGCCCCUGAGACCCGAGAGUAUCGCUCCCAGUCCCCAGUGAGGACGAUGGACGAAGCUCCUUGUGUUAAUGGCCGCUGGGGAACAUUGAGGCCCAGGGCUCAAAGGCAGACUCCCUCAGGUUCCCGGGAAGGGAGCCUCUCCCCAGCCAGAGGAGAUGGCUCUCCCAUCCUCAAUGGUGGAACUCUGUCUCCAGGGACAGCAGCUGUCGGGGGUGCCUCCUUAGACAGCCCUGUGCAGGUGGUAUCUCCAAGCACUCCAUCUGCCUCUGAUGGGUACGACCUAAAAGUAGGACUUUCUCUAGCUCCCCGACGAGGGUCUUUACCAGAUCAGAAGGACCUGAGGUUAAGUUCCAUUGAUCUGAACUGGGACCUGAAGUCUGCCUCCAGUAGCAGUCAUGUGGAUAGUACAGACAACAGGACAGCUGCGGGGAGUGUGAGACACCCUCCAGAACAGACCAAUGGUGUUCACACCCCACCGCAUGUGGCCAGUGCCCUUGCAGGGGCUGUAUCUCCUGGUGCCCUGCGUCGGAGUCUGGAAGCCAUCAAAGCGAUGUCAUCUAAAGGCCCCUCAGCCUCGGCAGCACUGAGUCCUCCUCUUGGGUCUUCCCCAAGCUCCCCUGGGAGUCAGAGCCUGAGCAGUGCAGAAACAGUGCCCAUCCCUCGCCCAGGACCAGCCCAAGGAGAUGGUCAUUCCUUACCUCCCAUUGCUCGACGCCUAGGCCACCACCCUCCACAGUCCCUCAAUGUUGGCAAACCCUUGUACCAGAGUAUGAACUGCAAACCCAUGCAGAUGUAUGUGCUGGACAUUAAAGACACCAAGGAGAAGGGCCGAGUCAAGUGGAAAGUAUUUACUAGCAGUUCUGUGGUUGGACCUCCUGAAACCAGCCUGCACACCGUGGUGCAGGGCCGGGGAGAGCUCAUCAUAUUUGGAGGGCUCAUGGACAAGAAGCAGAAUGUGAAGUACUAUCCAAAAACAAACGCCUUGUACUUUGUGCGAGCAAAGAGAUAAUGUGGCCAACACCCCUUCCCUUUCUGUGUCUUUUAAUUUGGAAUUUUCCGGUGUGCAAACAUUUGGACUAAGACUUGGGAAAACAACAUGACUCCCACAAACCAAAACUCCAAUUCCAUGCCUAACUUGCUCCAGGCUGGGAUUAAAUCCCCACUAAGGAAAAGAUUAUAUAUAUAUACAGAUAUAUUAUAUAGCCAACUCUGUUUACAAUAAAGGCGAGAUCUUCGUCCUGGUUCAGAUCAGCUAUUGUGGUCUUAGUGGACGCUGUGCUGGCCUUUUCUACUCUGCUGAUGACUAGACCAGGAAGUAAGGGGACAGACAGACAGCAGUGACUUCCCAGAGGAAGCUGAAGUGCUCCCUGUGAUCUCUCUGUGGCCUCUCAGCGUCAGAAAUGAUGGCCUAGACAGGAUACCAAGGAAAAGGCUUCAGAUGCUGUGCUGCAGAUCAGAGUCACGUACAGAAGACAGCUCUUCUCUGCCUCCUGUUUAAACCAUGGAGGACCCAUGGUGGCUCCGUAGAAGCACCCUGUGCCUGGUCCCUUCUGCCCUCUGUGAUCCAGAGAAGACACCCAACAAGAAACACUGUUUUCCCAUGUGCUGGAGUCAUGCCGAAACAAUGUCUAUAGAGCCACCAUCCAUCGUCUGUCUGCCUCCUUCCUCCCUGUCCAUAGGUCUUUUUGGGUUCUCCCUACAUGUCUUAGCAAGCAUUCAAUGUCUGAUUAAGGAAUUUUCUGACAAUCGUGAUUGGUUGUAAGUUGCCAAAAAACAUACUUGAUCUCCUUUUAGAACUGGUCCCAGAGGCCUCUCCUGUCUGUAGGCUGCUCCCUGUCCUUCAGUGGUUUGGUUUGGGAUGUUUUAUUUUACUUUUUGUUCUAUUUGGUUCAUUUGUUUACAGCACCAGAACUUUCUCACUUCUUCCUCUCUGACAAAGCUCCAGUGUCCACAGAAUUGAGACAUUUUAGAGCCUUCCCAGCAUCCUCGUGGCCAGUCGGGACCUACUGCAGUGUGCUGGUACACACCUGUGACCCUGGCACUCAGGGUAGAGGCAGGAUAAUUUCAGGUGUGAGGUUAGCCUGGGUUAUAUGAUGAGACUUUGUCUCAACAAAACAAAGUAAAAUUAAGAUGCCAGUAUCAUUUUAAAAUAAAUCUGUGAAGCAUCAAAAGACACCUUUUAUUUUUAUUUUUAUUUUUUUCCAAGGUAGUACCUCACUAUGUACCUCACAGAGAUCCUCCUGCCUCUGCCUGUCACUUGUGACACAACCCUCUUUGCUGUGCUGUGCUGUUGACAAGUGACUGGCUUGAGUAUCAUGUCCUUGACGUUGGAGAUACACACUGACCAGGGAGCAGCUCUUCCUCCAUGUUGUCUUGUUCUUGUGUCCCCCAAACAGAGCUUUUGUUUCUGCUUUCACUUCAUUUCUUAGAUAAGGUAUAGUCAACCAGGAGAGUGGUUUGUUUGUUUUGUUCAUAGAGAAAACUAUAAAUCACUGGUCUCUAAGCCACAGCCUAGACGUAGGAGAAAUCAAAAUAAUAUUAUUUCAAAUGACCAUGUAACUAUGGUUUGGUGGUUUCUCAUCAGUGGGUAAAGGAUUUUUAUUUUACCUUUAAAACUGAUAUUGAAACAACAACAACAUGUUUCCCAGCGGCAUUCUCCCUCCCCCCUGUCAGCAUCCCCCAGGCACAAGGCUGCUGCAGCUUGUCCUAGCUCAUGGCCAGCACUCCACCCAUCCGACAAGUGUGUCUCCUGCUUCAUGUUCAGUCUUGGCCAUUAGCUUUGCUCUGGUGAUCUUGGCAGGAGAGCCCCCCCCCCCCAUUUUGAAACCCGGAAAAGGUGGGCUCUAGAGGAAGGGUAUGUGCUCUGGAGCUGCUCCCAAGGGAACACCCCCGUGCCUACUUCCUGUGUACCCCACCACUCCAGCUCCCUGAUCUGUUGCUGCUGCCAGUCCUUUGGCGGAGACUGAUCCUGUGGGGUCUUGCCUCAAGAGGUGAGGCCAGCAGAUAAGUCAGCCUUGCGUUGCUGAACCCUCUCUGUGGUGUUUGUGUGUGAACACUCUCUGGACUUGGUUUCUACUUAAACAUCAAGCAUUCGGACACCUGAAAGUUCAGAAUCUCUACUUUGUAGUCUUUCUCUUUGCCCUGUGGCCUUCCUAAGCUGCCUCUUAACUGUUGGUUCUUCGACUUCUGUCAAGUGGGCAGGCAACAGAAAUAUUAACCUCUUAGAAAGCUAUGGGUUCCUGUGCACGCGGGUCCUGGGGCUGCCCACACUACUGAGAGCCAGAUGUCUGCAGUCCCUCCAGAGAAAGCAGAACGAGCCUCGCCUGCACCCAGCCGUGUGGAACUUGGUGGUCCCUGAGUGCUGUAGAUGUUGCUGUGAGAAGUGACUCAGCAGUGGAGACAGUGGUCUCCUCGGCCUCAUGAGGCUGUGCUUGUCCUCCGACUUCAGUAUCUCAGCAGAGCUCAGCAGCCACAACACCAGUUCAGAUUUGACCACAACUCCCUUUUUGACACGAUACCAAUUUUGUCUUAAAAUUCACCAAGAGACAUGAGACAAAAUAUUUUGUUUGAACCCUCAGGAGCACCUAAACAAAAUAUUUAUCAGUAUUUAAGUAUUUAAAAUACAUCUUGUUUCUACUUGAAGCUUUAACCCUUUCCACUCCUGCAAGUGUGCCUUUGAGAGCCCUCAGUCAUAGUAACUUCAGUCAUUCUGUUGGCCUCGUGGGUGUGAGAGCUCUGGGCGCUGCUCUGCUGCGCGGAGCUUCCUGAUCAUGCAUGCCACAUAGCAUGCAGCAGAGAGCAUUCAUCCUCACUCGUUUCUGCCUUUCUUCUUGGCUUGGGAUGAAGGCCCCACAACCCCACCUUUCCCUAUAUUUUGGGAGCACCAAUAAGGUAUAGAAACAAACUUUAGUUUUGUUGAAAGUAAUGCUGGACUUGCUCUCCCAGCCUUGUGAUUUUAGUGUUCAAGGUCUGGCAAGAACUGAAACCACGAACUGUGGAGGAACGGUCUUGGAACUCCUCUAACUAAAGAAGAGAAGGCAGGAUUGCAGGAGGCUCGACCUGGAAAGACAGGAGGCACUACAGUGGGACGGGGGGGUCCUCCCUUAACUUUGUCUUUAUAAGAUCCUUCUGCCUUGCUUUUUCCCUUCCCCUUCAGUCUGUCCAUCUGUUUGUCCUUGUCCUCAUGGUGACUCUGGCAUGGUGAUGUACUCUAUUUGCAUUAUCUGUGGUCUCACCAGCACAUAGAACAGCGGGGAGGAUCUGAAGGAGUCCAGGGUAAGGAAGCCUGGCCUGGGGACUGCGGAAGGCAUGCUCUGCUGUCAUCUGCAGGUGGCCUCUCACUGCCCCCAUCCUGGGGAAGGAAAGCCAUCCUCUGGCUCCACUGUGCUCGCUCUGCUCGCUCUGUCCCCUCCUACCAACCAGGGCUCACGCUGGUGCACACCCACUGUGCCCUGACAAAGCUGGUGCUGUGAGUGAUGUUUCCCAUACAACUCAGGGGUGCCAGGCGGCUCACCCCAAUAGUCAUUUUAGGCACAUCACAGUGUAGGAAUGAAAAUGGAUUCCAUGGAUAUUUAAAUCUGUCAAUUUCAUUUUUGUUAAUGUUUUCCCCGAUGACUUUUUAGCAGUUUAACAAAUAAAACAACGGACUGAAUUGU